AUGAAGCAACACUUAGCAGGAGUAAAAGGGGAUAUUGGAAAGUGUCCGAAGGUUCCAUUUGAUGUUAGAUUCAAUAUGAAUGAAUCACUAAAAGAAAUAGGAGUAAAGAGUAAGGAAAAAGAAGAUUUUUGGAAGCAUGCAACUCCUUUUGGUGCUGCACCUAUGUUGGAUGUUGUAGCUGCAAUUGGCCCUGGGUAUAAACAACCUACUUAUGAUGCUAUGCGUGUGAAUUUGUUGAGAGAUGCUAAGAAGGAAGUCCAAUUAAUUGUUGACAAUUAUAAGAGGAUUUGGCAAGAGGUUGGAUGUACAUUAAUGGCUGAUGGUUGGACUGAUACUUGCCAUAGAUCAUUGAUUAAUUUUCUUGUGUACUGUCCUAAAGGUGUUUGCUUUAUAAAAUCAGUGGAUGCUUCAGAUGUUGUAAAGGAUGCCUUUACAUUAUUCAAGUUGUUUGAGGAAAUGGCUUUAUGGGUUGGACCAAACAAUAUUAUCCAUGUUGUCACAGAUAAUGGAGCAAAUUAUAAAGUUGCUGGAAGAAUGUUGUCUGAGAAGUAUGAGAAUAUUACUUGGUCACCCUAUGCAGCCCAUUGCUUAAAUUUAAUUUUGAAAGAUAUAUCUGAGUUGGACCACAUAGUGCAUCUUACAAAACGUGCUUCUGAAGGUUGGAGAGAAAUCAUACGACCAGGUGCAACUCGAUUUGCUACUACUUUCAUUGCAUUAAGAAGUCUACAUGAGCACAAACAUGACUUGCAAGCUAUGGUGACUGAUAGGUUUUUCUAG